UCAGAAUUAAUUAUUUAUAUUUAUCUAGAUUAAUCUGAUUGAGCUGGCGCUGUGUCCUUGUUUAUGAGAAGGUUAAAAUAUAACAGUCGUUAGGUUAUGGCUUGUAGGUUUGCUUGGUUUCUCUGUGUGAAACAAUCAUAAUGAAUAACUAAUAAUUCUUGCAAUUAACCCUCCUCUUUUUAAUCGAUUAUAGACGAUUUUAAUAUAUAUAUCAUUUUGUGUUUCAAUUUUUUUUUGUGAAUAUUUAAAUACUAAAAAAAUGAAUAUUAAUCCUAAUGCAACCCCUACUAAUAAGGAAAAAUAUCCUUAUGUUAACGAUUCACUAUUAUUUCGUAGAGUUCAACAGUAUAUUGAAACCUUUGAGGACCCUGAAAGAAUAGACACUGAUUCUAUGGUUGAAGACCUUAGACUGAAAUUUAAAGAGUAUGGUAGAAGACAAAAAAGUGCUUUUAAAGGAAUGGUUAAAAGGGCUUACAGGAUUAUCAUGGAAAGCAGAGAUGAAAAUAAUUCAGCUUCUGAAAAUUCUAAAUCCGAAGUAGAAAUCGACAAUAUUGAUGAUAAUGAUGAAGAAGAUGGUCCUGUUGAAGUUGGAUUGGAAGCUCAGAAUGUCUCUGUUACUUCCUCACCUUACUUAAAUUCCAUCCAAAAAAUAUUUAUGAAGCAGAAUGGUAACAAGGAUGAAAAAAAUUCCAAUGAUAAUGGUAGAAGUCAGAUUCCAACUAACCUUAAAAGACGGAAGAGAAGUCAUGUUAUGGCUCAGUUUACUAAACUGCCCAAUGUUAAAGUUACACCUGUUGAAAUCAACAAAAGACCUUCUCCAGCUGAUGCUUACACGCCAGAUCCAAAUAAGCCUAAAAUAAAGGGUACAAUCAUUGCACCUAUACCCAGUGUAACUUUUGACUCUUUUGGAGGUUUUCCUAAGGUUCUUCAAGAUAUAAGUGAAUUAGUUAUUCACAUAAAAGAAGUGGACAUUUAUACAGAACUUGGUGUAACUCCACCUAGGGGAUUUCUUCUCCAUGGGCCUCCAGGUUGUGGGAAAACACUUUUGGCACAAGCUGUUGCUGGUGAACUGAAAGUACCAUUGGUUAGAGUUUCUGGCCCGGAACUGGUUGCUGGAGUGUCAGGUGAAUCAGAAUCCAGAAUAAGGGAGCUAUUUGAUUCUGCUGUUGCCAGAGCUCCAUGUAUACUUUUCAUUGAUGAAAUAGAUGCUAUCUCUCCUCCAAGAGACGUUGCUCGAAGAGAGAUGGAAAGACGAAUUGUUGCUCAACUUCUUACAUGCAUUGAUGGGCUCAGUGAAGUUGAAGGUGGAAGCAAGGUAAUAAUUAUUGGUGCUACAAAUCGACCAGAUGCUCUGGAUCCAGCACUGAGGAGAGCAGGAAGAUUUGAUAGAGAAGUUUGUUUGGGUAUACCUGAUAGAACUGCUAGGAAACAGAUCCUUCAAGUUCUUACCUCUGGGAUAAAACUAAGUCCAGAUAUAAAUUUAGAUAUACUUGCUGCAGCUUCUCCUGGAUUUGUUGGUGCAGACCUAAAGGCACUGAUGUCUGAAGCUGCAAUCGCUGCUGUAAAUAGAGUUUUGAUCCAGCAGAAAGAAAAUAUUCGUUUGACUCAUUGUUCAACAAACGGUGAAAUAAAUAUAUCCCCUGAGUCAACUUCUACUUUGGAUAGGAAUAGUGAAAUAGUUGAAGCACCAAUGGUUAUCGAUGAUAAUAAUGUUACUACGUCUUGCAAUAAGAAAUCUGACAAAGUAGAUGAUUUUAGUUGUUUGUUGAAAUGUAGUGGAACACUUCUGACCCACGAACAGCUUAAAAAUCUAUUUAUCGAGAUGGAUGAUUUCACUAAAGCAUUUAAAUCAGUACAACCUUCUGCCAAAAGAGAAGGUUUUGCUACAGUUCCAGAUGUAACUUGGGAUGAUAUUGGAUCCCUAAAAGAUGUCCGCAGUGAGCUUCAGAAGUCUAUUAUGAUGCCUGUAAAAUAUGUCACUGAAUUUGAAAAAUUAGGAAUUACAGCUCCUUCUGGUAUAUUACUUUGUGGUCCACCUGGUUGUGGUAAAACUCUGCUUGCCAAAGCAGUCGCUAAUGAAGCUAACAUAAAUUUUAUUUCAGUCAAAGGACCUGAAUUAUUGAAUAUGUAUGUUGGUGAAAGUGAAAGAGCUGUUAGACAGUGCUUUCAAAGAGCCAAAAAUUCUCAACCUUGUGUCAUAUUCUUUGAUGAAAUAGAUGCAUUAUGUCCCAGAAGAUCAGCUUCUUCAGAGGGUCAUAAUACAAGAGUUGUUAAUCAAGUGCUAACAGAAAUGGAUGGUAUUGAAGGCAGAAAAGGAGUUUUCCUCAUGGCUGCUACUAAUAGGCCUGAUAUGGUUGAUCUAGCAGUUUUGAGACCAGGAAGACUUGAUAAAAUUUUGUAUGUGGGCUUACCUUCUGCUGAAGAUCGAAUUGAUAUUUUAAAAGCUCUUACAAAGAAUGGCACUAAACCACUAUUGAAGGAUGUUGAUCUCCAACAAUUUGGAAGAGAUCCGCUUUUAGAUGGAUACACUGGAGCAGACUUGGCUGCCUUGGUGAAAGAGGCCUCGGUUAUUGCUCUUACUGAAUAUAUUAACCACAAUGAUACAGGUGAUCUUCAUGUCUCCACCAAUAUGCUCAAGCUGGCUGCUCAAAAUAUCAGGCCAUCAGUUUCAGUUAAGGUUAGUUAUAAAUCAUUUUUUUGUUGCUCUUCACUAAUUCAAAUAUAUCACUGAUUGCUUGUAUCAUUCUUUUUCUAUAUGUAUUAUUGUUUCUCAUUUCUUCCAAAACUGUUUCACUUCUAUCAUUUUCAAUAAACUCUUGGCACUCUUUAUCUGAUUUUAUAAUAUGUGAAAUUCUCUCUAUCGGUAAUAGAAGGAGAUGAAGAUACAUAAUGGCCAUCGCUUGAGCUGUUGGCAAUGCGUCGUGUACACUCAUUAAACUGAUCCCAUGUCAAGAUAGCCUUUGGAUCUACCUCAUGUUCUGUUAACUCUCGGGAAAAGUUAUUGUAAUAAUGUACUAAAAGUGAUUCAAAGUUAUUUGAUCGUAACAUACUGUUUGUUGUCAGUAGUAUUGCUAGCAAAACAUCCAAUGCAGGUGUGUUAUAUCUCGCUUGUUGAAAAUUUGUUAUUACACUUUCAGUGACUCCUUUAUCUUCAUUUGUUUUAAAAAGAACAUUACCAGCUGUUAUACAACCAUUCAUGAGAACAUUUCGAUAUUUUCGUGAUGGAAUUACACGGUAAGGUAGUGUACGUAGAACAUCAUAUGCUUUCUCAUAUACCUCUGAAGGAGUAUAGCCUCAAUAGCAACUAUAGCCUCAAUAGCAUUCAUGCUAGUACAACCAUUGUGAAACUAUGGAUGAUUGAUAUCAGGAAAAAAAUAAGUUUCAGUUAAUGCAUCCAAAUAUGUUUCAUCCAAUUUAUUACCAGUUUAUUCUUCAAAAAUGAUUGAUCCUGCAUGUAAUUUACUUAAAGUUUUGAGUGUUGAUGCGAUUUGAUCUAGAUCAAACGAAUUUGUUAUACCAAUGCUUUUAAAACCCAAUACAUUAAGGUCUUCCAAAACAAUUAAUUUGUCCUUUCUUGCUAAGUAGCAUUCAGGAUAUACCUUACCAUCAAUAUAUGUGUUGAUUUGCUUAAGUAGAUUAUCAUGCAUUAUUGCUUCUUUUGAAAAGACACACAACUUAUCCAUUAAUUCACCAUGGUAACCUUUUGCAGUAGGACUUUGCCUAAUAAACAUAUGCAAACCAACUACUUUCUCUUCCUCCAGUUUUAAAGCUACGUAUUCCUUACGCGGUAAUCCAUAAAAUCCAGAAGAUUGAUAAUCAUUUUUAAAUAUCCACUCUACCAUUUCAAAAUCACUGCACUUAAAUUUAUUCUUUAUCGCUUCUUUUAAAUCGGUGUGAGUUAGUAUA